AUGGAGAACCACUCGGUUUGGGUCGCUUCCAGCGAAGUUCGCUCGGAGGGGGGCGGGAUGAGCGGCGGCGCUCGCGCGCUCCUGGGCUGCGUGCUGUCGCUCCUCAUCGUGUCCACGCUGCUGGGGAACACGCUGGUCUGCGCCGCGGUGGUCAAGUUCCGCCACCUGCGCUCCAAGGUCACCAACUCCUUCGUGAUCUCGCUGGCGGUGUCGGACCUGCUGGUGGCGGUGCUGGUGAUGCCCUGGGAGGCCGUCACCGAGGUGAGCGGCUCCUGGCUGCUGGGCCGCUUCUGCGGCGUGUGGAUCGCCUUCGACAUCAUGUGCUCCACCGCCUCCAUCCUGCACCUGUGCAUCAUCAGCGUGGACCGCUACUGGGCCAUCGCCAGCCCCUUCAGGUACGAGCGCAGGAUGACGCAGCGCGUGGCCUUCGUCAUGAUCGGCGUGGCGUGGACGCUCUCCGUGCUCAUCUCCUUCAUCCCCGUGCAGCUGAACUGGCACCAGGCCGGCGAGGGUCAGGAGGUCGCCGAGGGCGGCGCGGCGGCUAAGAGCUGCGUGGCCAACCUGAACAGGACCUACGCCAUCGCCUCCUCGCUCAUCAGCUUCUACAUCCCGGUGGUCAUCAUGAUCGCCACCUACACUCGCAUCUACAGAAUCGCUCAGACCCAGAUCCGCAGGAUCGCGUCCCUGGAGCGCGCGGCCGAGCAGAACCUGCCGCUGGACCAGGCGGCGCUCAAGUCCUCCUUCAGGAAGGAGACCAAGGUGCUGAAGACUCUGUCCGUCAUCAUGGGGGUCUUCGUCUGCUGCUGGCUGCCCUUCUUCGUGCUCAACUGCACCGUGCCCUUCUGCGACCCGCCGUGCGUCAGCGACACCACCUUCACCGUCUUCGUCUGGUUCGGCUGGGCCAACUCCUCCCUCAACCCCGUCAUCUACGCCUUCAACGCCGACUUCCGCCGCGCCUUUGCCACCAUCUUGGGCUGCAACCGCUUCUGCUCCAGUAACGCGGUGGAAGCCGUCAACUUCAGCAACGAGCUGGUGUCGUACCACCACGACACCACGCUGCACAGAGAGGCGCCGGCGCCGCCUCCCGCCACGCGGCCGCAGUCGGAGCGGCCGACGGGCGCCGGCGCUCACUUCGACCAGGAGUCCGUGGUGUCCAGCGUUUGGCGGCACCGCGACAGGUCGGCACGGCUCCAGCUGGAGGAGGACCUGGAGAUCUCCUGGGAGACCAUCACGCCGUUCACAUCAGCUGCCGGAUUCGAGUGUGAGACGCUGAUACCGGGACAGGUGCGUCACGACAACUGAGGGGACCGCGGCGCCGGACGGGCUCCCUCGUGGGAUCAGGAGUCCAGAGACGCGCCGAGUGCUGUGACGCUCCCGGCGAGGAGCUCCGUCCGCCUGCCGCACAGCUCUGCUCCUUUCAUCAU